AUGACUGGUCGCGGUAAAGGAGGAAAAGGACUUGGCAAAGGAGGCGCCAAACGUCAUCGCAAAGUUUUGCGUGAUAACAUCCAAGGUAUCACCAAGCCGGCCAUCCGUCGUCUUGCUCGCCGUGGUGGUGUGAAGCGUAUCUCUGGUCUCAUCUACGAGGAAACCCGUGGUGUUUUAAAGGUGUUUCUCGAGAACGUGAUUCGUGACGCCGUCACCUACACUGAACACGCCAAGAGGAAGACGGUGACGGCCAUGGAUGUCGUCUACGCACUGAAACGCCAGGGCCGCACUCUGUACGGUUUCGGCGGUUAAACAUUGAUUUUCAUUCAGACUCCCAUCUCAAUUCAAUCGGCCCUUUUCAGGGCCAC